GUGUCGCUUCCGGUUUAGGCCCUCGAUUCCAUUGAGUCGAUCACCUUCACGUCCUUCCAACCGCCCAAACCCCACCGACUUUUCCCAUUCACCAUCACGACCAUCACCCACUCGACUGCUGUUCUUGGGGUCCGUGCCUGUCAACAGCGGUGCAUGCGCACGCCGCGAUUCACCCUUUGAGGCUUGCCCGGAUUGGCCUUUUGCUGCACCCAGAGGCACUUUAUUGCCUGCCCUGAUCUGUUCAGUUCAGGAUGGGUUCCAACCUGCCCGCCCAGCCAAAUCUUCGGGUCACAAUCAUUGCUGCGGACGGUUUAUACAAGCGUGAUGUUUUCCGUUUCCCUGAUCCUUUUGCGGUGGCUACCGUCGGUGGAGAGCAAACCCAUACGACCUCGGUGAUCAAAAAGACGCUGAACCCCUAUUGGAAUGAAAUGUUUGAUCUCCGAGUCAAUGAGGAUAGCAUUCUCGCAAUCCAGAUUUUCGAUCAGAAAAAGUUCAAGAAGAAGGAUCAAGGUUUCCUUGGUGUUAUCAACGUACGGAUUGGAGAUGUGAUAGAUUUACAGAUGGGCGGUGAUGAAAUGCUUACCCGGGACUUAAAGAAGUCCAAUGACAACCUCGUCGUUCAUGGAAAGCUUAUCAUAAAUCUGUCCACUAAUCUCAGCACGCCGAUUCCCAACCAGGCUAAUGGUCUGCAUCGUUCACAUGUGCAACCCUCAACGUCGAGUGGACUCGUCCCGCAAAUGCCGCCCUCACACCCUUCCGUUGGUCCCAGUCAGGCCGAUUCUGCUGCUGCUUCCACUGCAUCCUUGAACCCACAGCGUGUUCCAUCGACCACCCGACCGACCAGCAUAAUUGCACCUCCACCUAACGGCGCCCCCAGUGCCCCGCCAAAUGCUCAACAAGGCUCUCGUACCAACUUGAGCUCAUUUGAGGAUAGUCAGGGCCGUUUGCCCGCUGGUUGGGAACGUCGAGAAGACAACCUGGGACGGACCUAUUACGUCGACCACAAUACACGGACCACGACCUGGACUCGACCAUCGUCAAACUACAAUGAACAUACGCAGCGCACACAGCGCGAAGCCAAUAUGCAACUAGAGCGUCGGGCCCAUCAGAGUCGAAUGCUGCCGGAAGACCGCACGGGUGCCAAUUCGCCGAACCUGCCCGAGAGCCAACAGCAACCGGCGCCUCCCCAGGCCCAAACUCCGCCGGCAGGAGGUAGCGCCAAUGCAGUCUCUAUGAUGGCCACGGGAGCUACCACUGCAGGCACUGGUGAGCUCCCCCCCGGAUGGGAGCAACGCAACACACCCGAAGGCCGGCCAUACUUUGUAGACCACAAUACCCGCACCACGACAUGGGUGGACCCUCGCCGUCAACAGUACAUUCGUAUGUACGGGCAGAAUUCCAACGGUACCAACACCACAAUUCAACAGCAGCCAGUGUCGCAGUUGGGCCCGCUGCCCAGCGGAUGGGAAAUGCGGUUGACGAAUACGGCCCGAGUAUACUUUGUGGAUCACAAUACCAAGACGACUACCUGGGACGACCCUCGUUUGCCUUCCUCGCUGGAUCAGGGCGUGCCGCAAUACAAGCGCGACUUUAGACGCAAGCUGAUCUACUUCCGGUCUCAGCCCGCCUUGCGUAUCAUGUCCGGACAGUGCCACGUUAAGGUCCGACGUAACAACAUCUUCGAGGAUUCGUACGCCGAGAUCAUGCGGCAGAGCGCUUCCGAUCUUAAGAAGCGCUUGAUGAUCAAGUUCGAUGGCGAAGACGGUCUGGACUACGGCGGUCUUUCACGUGAAUUCUUUUUCCUUCUCUCUCACGAAAUGUUUAACCCCUUCUAUUGUCUUUUCGAAUACUCCGCGCACGAUAAUUAUACCCUGCAAAUUAAUCCUCACUCUGGUGUGAACCCGGAGCAUCUGAACUACUUCAAAUUCAUUGGACGAGUUGUCGGCUUGGCCAUCUUCCAUCGUCGUUUCUUGGAUUCGUUCUUCAUUGGCGCUUUCUACAAGAUGAUGUUGCGGAAGAAGGUCUCGCUGCAGGACAUGGAAGGUGUCGAUGAGGAUCUGCACCGCAAUCUGACAUGGACUCUGGAGAAUGACAUCGACGGAGUCUUGGAGUUGACUUUUGCGGUCGAUGACGAGAAGUUUGGCGAGCGUACCACUGUUGAUCUGAAGCCCGGUGGUCGCGAUAUUCCGGUGACUAACGAGAACAAGCAUGAAUAUGUCGAAUUGGUGACGGAGUGGAAGAUUGUGAAGCGGGUGGAGGAGCAGUUCAAUGCCUUCAUGUCUGGGUUCAAUGAGCUGAUUCCGGCUGAUCUGGUCAAUGUGUUCGACGAGCGCGAGCUGGAGUUGUUGAUUGGUGGUAUCGCGGACAUUGACGUCGAUGAUUGGAAGAAGCACACCGAUUACCGCGGCUACCAGGAGCAGGACGAGGUAAUCCAGAACUUCUGGAAGAUUGUCCGCAGCUGGGAUGCAGAGCAAAAGUCUCGCCUGCUGCAAUUCACCACCGGUACAUCGCGUAUUCCGGUCAACGGAUUCAAAGACUUGCAGGGCUCGGACGGUCCCCGCCGUUUCACUAUCGAGAAGUCGGGCGAUCCCAACGCAUUGCCUAAGUCGCACACCUGCUUCAAUCGUCUUGAUCUUCCUCCGUACAAGACCCACGAAGCUCUGGAACACAAGAUGUCCAUUGCUGUAGAGGAGACAUUAGGUUUUGGACAAGAGUAGAGUUGCAUUGUCAGAA